ACCAAGAUGGCGGCGCCCAGCGCGAGCCAGGCCCGGCCGGCGCCCGCCUUCCCCUUCCCGCUCGCGGGCUCUGGCGAGGCGGCGGAGGCGCAGCCCCCCAGGAGGAAGAAGCCGCCUUGCCGGGCCUGCACGGAUUUCAAGAGCUGGAUGCGCGACCAGAAGAAGCAGGCCGCCUCGGAAACAGGAGCUGAAGAGAAGGAGCCACGUCUUGAUUGCCCUCUAGACAGAGAAGAACUGGGGAGAAACUCGUGGGCUUUUCUUCACACAAUGGCUGCAUAUUACCCUGACCGGCCUAGUAAAAUUCAGCAGCAAGAAAUGGUGCAAUUCAUCCACUUAUUUUCCAAGGUUUUCCCUUGUGAGGAGUGUGCAGAAGAUGUGAGAGAUAGAAUACAGCGAAAUCAGCCUGAUGCCACCAGCAGGCAAAACCUGACCCAGUGGUUUUGCCGGCUUCACAAUGAAGUGAAUAAGAAGCUGGGGAAGCCUGAAUUUGACUGCUCCUUCGUAGAUGAGCGCUGGCGAGACGGCUGGAAAGAUGGCUCCUGCGAUUAGAUACCCUGCUGGAAAUAAAAUGGGACCCUCUUUAAUUAAAAAAAGGAAGACCAACGCAGAUGAAGAACAAAAUCAGUCCUGGUAGGGAUGGUUGCCAAGGCAUCCAUCCAUGUAUGCUUUUUGAAUGGGAGUUUAUGUGCUAAAGGCAGGGAGCAGAGUCUAUAAGGUAUGUCUCUCCUUUGGGGAAUCCCUGCAGUACCUGCAAUUUUAUAGGAAGUUUGCAUCCACUGGCUGCGACUUCCUGCUUGUAUUCGAAGUGUCUUCCAACUCUGUAUCUUUUUCAGUUGCCAUCUGGAGCUGCGGUAAAAAUCUAGGCAAUUGCUCGAUGGGGGAGGGGAGGGCUUAGCCUUUCUCCAGCCCCUUUCUCUGUCCUGAAUAAUCCUUUCAAAGGCCUAGGUGCCUUCCUUCCCCUUUUCCAUGUAGGAUCAGCAGAUCCUUCUUCAUACUAAUUUCUUUCCCUCAUCUUUGUAAUUAAAAUAUUUUUUAAAAUGAAGCUCUUGGAGAUUCUGCAGCAGUAAUCAAACCACUCUGGAACUAGUUCUUCCAAUACUUCUGCAGGGUUAUUUUUCUCUCUGAGAAGGAAAAGUUCCGGGUUUUUUCCCCCCAAUGGGUUACUUAGUGUGCUGACACCAAAAUAUAUAGGAUUGUGGGGUUUCAGUCAUCUUCUUGCUUGCUGAAAUACUGAGAGAAAGGAACAUAAAAUCAUUUAAGUCUGUGAUCAGGUCUCUAAUUUCAACUGUUCAGAUGUUAUCCUUUGCAUUUCUCUCUCUCCAGCCAGACUAGGCAAGAGGAGCAAAUCCUAAUUGAAGCAUGAAAUAAGCACAAGGAGGUUAUUAAUAUGAAAGCUCAUGUAGUGUGUUGAAAUGGGAGGGGGGGGGGAUUCAUGAAGAUUAUAUUAAUUCUGGAGCUAGCAGACCUCUGUGCGCCAAGAAUCUGUGUGCUAAGUGGUUCUAAUAGAAGGUAAUUGUGCUCCUACCGUGUCUUGUGCAAACUCUUUGAUGUAGCCGGAUAGUGGCAGGAGGGAGCUACACCCAUCCCGUAGAUCCAUUUGAAGAGCUGGGGACUGAGAGAGAUCUUGGACCGCACACCAGUGAGGAAACGCGAGGCAGCGGCAUGUCCCUCCUAAUACUAGUAGGUUGUGCUGCAUCAGUACAGCAGGGGCGUAAGUGUGGGGUUAACCUUGGUUUCAAGCAACAUGUCUGUAAGGGGUGAUGAUUUGAAAACCAUAAAUUAAGUUAUACGAGACAUUUCUUUCCCAAGUUAUUUAAAAGAGGUGAAAGUCUAGCUGUUCUGGCUGUUAGAUUUGUAACCCCCAGAAAUACAAAGUUUCUUUUUCUGGGUAUUAGAACUGAGCCCCUGAUCCUGGCUGGGGAGUCUUUGUUCCCCCACUAGAAUUAUUUGCCCCUUUUCCUGUACAUUUGGUCUCUAGAGCAUCUUUUGAUUUAUUCAUUUCAUGAGCUGUUUUAACAGCACUAAUACGAAAGGAUUGGGUGCAAUUAUUUAAAUUUCAAAGAGGCAUGCAGCGCCUUCAGGCAAGGAUGGGAUAGUCCUGUAUGGCUCUUGCUAAAGCCACCUAAAGCAGGGUACAAAAUGAAAACCAAUGGUUUUGAACUGUUCUGUGUGAUUAUUUUUAAGGUGUUUCAUUUUAUUGGCAAUGGUGGGGUUUGUUCAAUUGCAGCUGAUGAGAUGUCAGAUGUGAAGCGUGUCUGAAAGUGUAUUUAUUUCCUCUCUGGUAACCAAACAAUAAAGUUAAACAUUUCAUUUA